CAUCAACAUAUAUGCCUAACAACAGAGUCUCUCCAAAAUUUUUACCCAUUCAACCCUAUCCAGGAUUCCAAUUCAAUCUCAACCAAUGUUUUCAAAAGUGAGCUUCAUCACGUAAAGUAAUUGAAUGGUAAUGGAAGAGUUACUAAAGUAACAGUUAACAUAAGUUUGAUGGAUAAUAUUAUUAACUAAUUAUAUGAAAUAUUUUUGAAAUGGUAUAUGGUAUUAAAUAUUUUAAAAGUUCCAACAUGAAUGUUAUACAAAUGUGCAUUGUAAGGAAGGGAGAGUACUCUAGUUAAGCUAGAGGAAUCUCAACAUUAGAUUCCACAUAAUAUAAAUCAAUAUUUGGUUGAAUGAGUUAGGAAAAUAAUCUCCAUAAAAGUAAUGCAGUGUUUGAUUGGCCGUGUAAGAAGUAUCACUGCAUAACAUUAUGCAAUGCUUGUUUGAAAAUAUUAAGUAAUAGUCGCAUUAAGGUGUAGUAGAAUCCAUGUACUAUUUUAUGUUUGAUAGAAUGUGGAGUAAGAAUACAACGGUCACUGUAUGAGCUUUGGAUUAUUAUAGGGCAUUAGAUGCUAAAAUUAGUGGCUUAAGUUGCAAUCAGUGUUAUGAGUACAUUCACGUAUAUUAAGCAACUGGUUGUAUUGUCUUUAAAUUAUGCUCUUCAUUUGGCAAUAUGUGUGCUUCACUUCUCACUUUUUGCUUAAAGCCCUACAAGUCUUGUAUUUGUGCUAUUCGGUUUUAAAAACAUUGCUCCUGAACAAAACAGCUGUUUACCCUUUUUGUCUAAUUUGUCAUUUUGUGUGACUCGAUGUGGACAACUAUUUGGAAACGGAUAACUUUGUUAUCCAAUUUGUCGUUAUGUGUGACUAGAUGUAGACAGCAAUUUGCAAGAUGACUUUUUCAGGGUAUGUGCGUCCCAUGGCUCGGUCUAGUGGUAAGACAGCAGUGUGUGAUGUAUGGUUUAGGCUUACAUCACGGGUUUGAUCCCUGCCUCUGACAGGAACUUGGUGUUUAAGGCGAGAAAAGUGGAGGGGCUGGACCAUUUUCCACUGGAUUUCGGACUGUGUGCGAUUGACCUUUGGGAUUUUCUCGGUUAUCAAAAAAACUUAAGGAAUGUCUUGAUGAGAGGACUAAGAUUCCUCCAACCUUGUUUUGGUGGAACACUUACCAGCAUGUCCCUUUAAUGUUGUAACUCAAAAUUUCCGCCUUAGGUGUUCUGCCAUCUCCAGUAUAGUUCUUGGUCAAAUAAAGGGGUUGAAGAUUUUGUUCUUUCCCAAGUAUUUUCCCCCUUUAAUUUAGGUCCCCAUUUAUGCUUUAAAAAGUUGGUAUGUCCCCCUAAGAAUAGUGCCAAGAGCAGCAACAGCAGCAUACAGCGGCAGAUUUUUCUCAACGGAAGAAUGGAAUCUGUAACCAAGCAUGCAAUUGUGAUUAGAAUCAUGGGUCAUACUGGAUCCAGGGGGGAGGUGACUCAGGUAAGAGUCAAGUUUCUUGAUGACCAGAACAGGUUUAUCAUGAGAAAUGUCAAGGGACCAGUCAUAGAGGAUGAUAUUCUCAUACUGUUGGAGUCUGAGAGAGGGGCCAGGAGAUUCGCUGAGCCCAUAAAUUAGAUUGCCAUAUUGAAAAAAAAAAGAAGAGUGCCGAGAGGAAUCAAAAGCAAUGCCCUGUUCUGAUGCCAUGUCAUGACCGGUGUUUAUUCUGUCCACUACCUCAUAAAUAUCAUCAGAUAAAACAAUCAUGUUUGUAGAGGUGAAAAUCUGUUAAAUUAAAUUGUGAAAAUUACACCGGGUAUGUUGUUUUAGAGGGUAAGGUCUGCGUACACACCACCCUCCCUAGAACCUACUUGUGGGGUUACACUGGGUAUGUUGUUUAGCCUGCUCAAUGCUUAAUGAUACAUCAGGUUGAUUCACUCAACCUAUUAUUCAUUGUAUGUUCGAAGCUUCAGUAGUUUGCAUAUGCCCAAAUGCUAGCAUGGGCAUAGCAGACCAGGCCGAUUCCCUUGAACUAUUUUCAUUGAAUGUAGCCUGUUCAUGCUAAUGACAUGCUUUUGAAUGCUUGGCAUUGGUGUUGAGCCCCUUUGGUGUGCAUGCACUCUUAGGAGUCGUUUGGUGUGAGGUAUAAGAUAUAAUAAUUCCAGGAUUAAAUGUAGGAUUAUUUUAUCCCAUGUUUGGUUGGAGGUAUUAGG